AAUCUCCCUCUAUAAAUAUUCACAAAAUUCUCUCUUCACUCUCACACCACCACCACUACCACCGUAUACCACCGCUAGCCAUGGGGUUGCCACUCAAACUCGGCGUCGUUUCCGCCACCGUCUUGUCCACCGCGGUAAUGUUCAAGCUUAUAUCACCUUUCAUAAUGAAUCUUUCAGUCUCCGACUUCCCUAUUAUAUGGUCCUCCCUCAUCACGUGGCUUAAACCGCCUUAUCUUUACGUUGUCAUCAACGGUAUCAUCAUCACUAUCGUCGCUUCUUCGCGUUUACAGUCCAAAGUCGACGGUUCUCAUGACUCGUUAUCGUCUUUUUCGACGCGGGCUGAGCCGGUUAAGGUUGUCCAUCCGGUUGAAUUACCCCCGGUUCAUGUUCAUGAACAGGAAUUGUCGUUUCAUGGUGAUGUGUUGGAAACCGAACCGGUGGAUAUCGCGGUUGCUGGUUAUAAUAGUGAGGCGAAAUUUGUUGAUGUUCCGGUUGCGGAGUUUAGUACUCCAAAGUUUAUUGAUGAAACCCUAGAUGAAGAUAUGAAGAUUGCAAAGGAAGCUUAUGAAGAGAUUAAGAAAAAUAGGGUUAAUAACUCUCUGAUCUCGAAGUCUGCGUGGUCUCCGUCGGAGAUAAAACAAGUCGGUUUAUCUUUUCCGACGGAGAAACCACCGGCUUCCGCUAGAUUUAGCCGUCGGAAACCGACCAAAGCCACUCCUGAAGGUGGUAGAACAUUGGGAGUUGCAAAACCAAAGCGGCAAGACACACUGGAGACCACGUGGAAGACCAUAACAGAGGGUCGGUCUGUACCCUUAACGAGACACCUACGUAAGUCGGACACGUGGGAGACCCACGGACAAAGCCGUGAAAAUCGCCACACGGAUGAGUUCGUUACAGAAAGGAUGACAAAAUCAGACACGUUUGACGUUAACCGAAGCAGAAAACCGGUUAAACCGGUCAAACCUCCUCCGGCUCCGUCGAAACUGAGCCGGUCUGGCGGGUCUGGACGGCUUAAGAAAGAACCGUCGGUGGGACAGGAGGAGUUGAACCGGAGAGUUGAAGCGUUUAUAAAUAAAUUUAAUGAGGAUAUGAGGUUACAAAGGCAAGAAUCGAUGAAUCGGUACAUGGAGAUGAUUAAUCGUGGGGCUCAUUAACUCAACGACCGUACUUGAUGUUGUGUUCAUUGUUUUCUCGACCAGUCGUAGGAUAGAUAGUGGAUUGUGUUACAAAAGAAGUUGAUUUUUUUUUUUUUUUUUUUGUCUUUGUUGAUGUCCAUGAAAGGAAAUUAGUAAUGUAAAAUUUUAAGAUAGUAGAAGUUAUGUAUAACUUUUAUAUAUCAGGACGUUGUAUAGUUCAAAGUAUGUAUCCACAUCA